AUCGUGUAGGCUUCAAUCACGUGACUCAGUUAUCGAGUUUAAACUUUUAUAAGAUAUUAUUGAUGUGGAUUCUCUUUUAAAAACGUAAUGCUACAAUUUGACGUUCACUUGACUUUAUAAAACAAAAAGAUUACGCGCUCUAUGUAAACUUAAAUGGAGUUUUGAAGUAAAAAGAUUCUUCUACAAAAAGUUGGUGGCUGCUGUUAAGUAUCAAAGCAACUCAGAAGUCAAGCUGGAAACAAAUUGACAUGAAUCAAAUCACCGACAAAAGUCUGAAGGAGCUGGAGAGGAAGCUGGAGGCUGAAAGGUUGGCCAUGAUGGACAAGCUGAGGGAAGAUUUACAAGCUGUGAGGAGGUCUAUGCUAGAGGAGGUGGAUCAGAUGAAGAAGGUGAUCAAAAGCGACUACGUGAACGUGGCGAAUCUAAAGCUGAAGAAUGAGCAGAUGCGUCAUGAAGUUGAAAAAUUCCAGAAGAUUCUAAGAAUUCCCCCCUCUAGGGAAAGCACCAGCACGUACAGGUCACUGACCCCAGCGUCACAGUCCCGAAAUGAGGAUCGGCCAAUCAGAAGUAGGGCGUCACAUCCGGGCAAGUUUGUAAGGCAAGAAAAAGUGGAACGCUUGAAUUCUGGGCAACGGAGAAAAAUAUCCGUGGACAAUUUUAGUUCUCUGGGUAAACUGCAGGCGGGGGUGUCCCCGUGCGAAAAUAUGGUGCCGAUUAAACUAGUGGAAUCUACUGAUAAAACCAAAAUUUCCACGAAGCUACAGGCAGGGGCGCCUUCAUGUACAAAUACGGUGCCAAUAAAACAACAGGCAGAAACGUCUACAGAAAAAAACAAAAUCACCACAAAAUUACUGUCAUGGCUGUCUACAAUUGAGACCACACCACCACCACCACCACACCAAAAAACAAAAACGUAUUCAAUUAUAACCAAAAUGUCUCUCUACAAAAAGCCUCCACCCAAAAAGUCUUCUGCCCGUUGGUCGUCCAUGCCCUCCUUAAGACCCGAACGAUCUCCCGCAGACGUGUUGACCGGGGCAGACGUUUGUGCCCCGUCCCCGGGCAUCGAUGUGUCUGUUGUACAGCAGACUAAAAUAGCAGACAACAGGAAACCAAUUCUCCCGCCAAUUUCAUUCGAUUCUGUUGGGGGCUGGAACGAGGAGGGUACGACAAGAACUCCAACACAUGGGCUUACAGAGAGAGGUUCUGUUUGGGGCUGUAACGUGGAGGAUACGGCAAGAACUCCAACACAUGGGCUCACAGAGAGAGGUUCUGUUGGGGGCUGGAACGUUGAGGAUACGACCAGAACUCCAACACAUGGGCUCACAGAUAGAGGUUCUGCUGGGGGCUCUAACGUGGAGGGUACGGCAACAACUCCAACACAUGGGCUCACAGACAGAGGUUCUGUUGGGGGCUGGAACGUGGAGGGUACGGCAACAACUCCAACAUAUGGACUCACAGAGAGAGGUUCUGUUGGGGGCUGGAACGUGGAGGGUACGGCAACAACUCCAACACAUGGGCUCACAGAGAGAGGUUCUGUUGGGGGCUCUAACGUGGACGGUACGGCAAGAACUCCAACACAUGGGCUCACAGAGAGAGGUUCUGUUGGGGGCUCUAACGUGGAGGGUACGACAACAACUCCAACACAUGGACUCACAGAGAGAGGUUCUGUUGGGGGCUCUAACGUGGAGGGUACGACAACAACUCCAACACAUGGACUCACAGAGAGAGGUUCUGUUGGGGGCUCUAACGUGGAAGGUACGGCAAGAACUCCAACACAUGGGCUCACAGAGAGAGGUUCUGUUGGGGGCUGGAACGUGGAGGGUACGGCAACAACUCCAACACAUGGGCUCACAGAGAGAGGUUCUGUUGGGGGCUCUAACGUGGAGGGUACGGCAACAACUCCAACACAUGGGCUCACAGAGAGAGGUUCUGUUGGGGGCUCUAAUGUGGAAGGUACGGCAAGAACUCCAACACAUGGGCUCACAGAGAGAGGUUCUGUUUGGGGCUGUAACGUGGAGGGUACGGCAAGAACUCCAACACAUGGGCUCACAGAGAGAGGUUCUGUUGGGGGCUCUAACGUGGAGGGUACGGCAACAACUCCAACACAUGGACUCACAGAGAGAGGUUCUGUUGGGGGCUCUAACGUGGAGGGUACGGCAACAACUCCAACACAUGUGCUCACAGAGAGAGGUUCUGUUGGGGGCUGGAACGUGGAGGGUACGACAACAACUCCAACACAUGGGCUCACAGAGAGAGGUUCUGUUGGGGGCUCUAACGUGGAGGGUACGGCAACAACUCCAACACAUGGGCUCACAGAGAGAGGUUCUGUUGGGGGCUCUAACGUGGAGGGUACGGCAACAACUCCAACACAUGGACUCACAGAGAGAGGUUCUGUGUUGAAAAGGUAACUCAAGAGUAAAGAUGAUCAGCCAGGACAGCGGUAGUCUACAGUGCUCACUGGGACAG